UGACUACCGGAAUACAUUUAUCGAAUAGCAAGUUGCGUUACUCACACAUCAGUCACUAUAAAAAAGCGGCGUGAAAGAGCUGUCCAUCUUAAUCGCGCACUCGACCGUGGAUUCAUUCGUCGGUCGAAUGUGAUCCCCAAAAUAGUCGCCUAUAUUACGAGUAGUAUCAACGGAUCGUGUAAGAGGAAGUGGCACUCGUUAUUCCAGCGUAUACCUGAAACGCUUUUGAAACGCUGCCUUUUAAAACGCAGAAUCUCGAUAAAAAACCAUCGUUGGAAAAUCACCGGAAACUUGUCAGAAUAGUGCCAAGUGUUCUGCAAAAGAACUUGCAAAAAGUACGCGCGAACGAACUAAAGCUUUUAAAGAGAGGAGCGACAAAGGAAAUCGACGGAAAGUCUAGUUUCACCACGUUGGAAAAUUUCAAAGUAUGCGCGAGCAUAGCCGGUAGUGAGAUUUUAUGCACAAGUUCAGCGGUGAAUAUGGGAGUAACCCUACUGAUUGUAAUACUCACCGCAGCAUUGUCCGUGACUGCGAAUAAUAUCAGCGAACAAUGCCAAGUUCACAAUGAAAGCAAGCUUACAUGUAGUUGCAUCGGAAAUGAGAAACUCUCCCUGCCAGAGAAUUACGAUUACAAAAAAAUUAUCAGCGUAUCAGUCACAGGAUGUGUCUCAGUGAUUUUUUAUUACUCCACUAUGCCGGAAGCGAAUAAACUCGAGGAAAUGGUAAUCGAAAAUAUCAGCGAUCGUCUGGACUUUAACAUCUACAUUUCAUCGAGACGAAUGAGGCGGCUAAAACUCUCGAACAUCGGCCGGAUACCGAUCAUCGCGCCUUUAACGUUCGGAGCCCUGGCGACUAUCGACACGUUCGAAAUCGAAAACGUUUUCAUCGAGGAUUUUCAGGAGGAGCUCAGCUUCAUCAACGUGUCGCACUUUAUCAUGUCGAACGUCACAAUUCAGCGUAUAUGCAAGCUGAAUAUCUCCGAAAAGGGCAAAACAUUGCGCAUAGUAAAUAGUGAGUUACGGAACAUCACGACGUCCUUGAAUUUUGCCAGUUUCCAGAGUAUCGACAUCAUCAACUCUAGAUUCGAACUGCAAAAGCCGGACAUAAUGUCCUUUCAUGCCGACACCGCAAUCGUGAAAAACAGCGUCUUUUCGAAUAUAAGCCUUAAUCUAGUCGCGACUAGCAUCACAGUAAACGGCAUAUGCGCGGACGGCAAGAGCGCUCUGAGGCUCAAGGCGGAGAAUAUCGACAGCAGUCACAAUAUGCUGCCAAACGAGAUUAACUAUUCGAGAGACAAUCAGUCUAUCAAUUUCUUCACGAAUCUAAAUAACAUAGUCUGCAAAGCGGGCAAUUGUAAAUGCCCGAAAAGCAGCGGUCAGGCUCUGCCUCAAUCAGACGUCUCGAAAUUUAUCCUCGGAUGGUUAAUAACGUUGCUAUCAAGAUGCUUCUAUUAAUUCUUUCAUAUAAUAAUUGUGUAUUUUUAUAUUUCAUAGUACUUCAUACGCGAGCGAUAUUAUGUGUGUAAUCGAAGAAACUAUUUUUAUUUUGACAACUUGUGAAAAGUUAAUAAUCUCUGACGACUCAGUAAUGUUAAUAAUCUUUGGUAUAAAAUACCGUAUAAAAUGUAAAAUUAAAAAUAAAAAUCUUUAAAAAUGCCA